AAAUGAUUGAUGAUUUUGAUUUCGAAGAUGACAUUGGAGAUCUCCAGGACGAUUCCUUUGAACCCACUGGUGGGCCAAAAGCCAGCAAACAUGGACAAAUCAAAGGAGAGUUUGGAGCAGGGGGUUCAAGCCAAUCUGGGCUUCCACCUGUUAAGAGUAAGCAACCUGAGGUUGCAUUUCCAAAAGCAUCUGGAAAUUUCGGAAUUGAUAACGAUAGCGAUGAGGGAGAUGAUUUUGGCCUGGAAGAGAUUGGUAAUAAAAACAAGGGUCAAGAUAUGAAUCCUGAUGGAUUCAGUAAAGGCCUAGCUAAUGACUACCCUAUUGAAGAAUCAAAUAUUAGCAAAAAGGAUGAUGAUUACGAUAUUAAUUUUGAUGAGUAUAACGAAUCCUUUAAGGAUGAUGCUAGCUAUUUGAACAAUAAUUUAAAUAAGCCACCAAUUCCAAAGAAUGUUAAUACAAACUCCGGCUUAAGUCAAGCCAUUGAAAACAAAGCAAGACCAGAAAAAAAUAGUGGAAUUGACAUUGAUGGAAUGAGAAGGUUAAAUGAUAAACUUGAUAAUUCUAGUGACUUUGGAGAAUAUGAAGAUGAUCUAAGUAACCUAAAUAUGGUAGAUUCUUUACCCAAAAAGCAAGAAACACCUCUACAAAAGAUAGAUACACCUGUAUUAAAACAUGAAACUUCUCCUCGAAAGCCUGAAACUCCAAUAGAAUCAUUUUCAACACCUCCAAGAAGAAUUCCUUCGAUUCCAAAACCAAGAGCACCAGUCAUACCAACCCAAAACAAACCAAUUACUGAUAGAACUGGGCCUAUUGCUGGGCCAUUCCCUGAGAGCCAAAACUUACGGUUAGACACAAACGAGAGAGAAAGAAUUGGCAUUAAAAAGCUUAUUCAAGAACCUAGCGAAGAGUCAGAUUAUAACUCUGAUAAAGCUGAAAAAGAUGCUUUCAUCACUCAGCCUCUCAAAAACAAUGAUUCAGAAGAAGGAAGUAGGUUCAAUCAGGACACAGAAAGUGUCCCUACCCAGCCAAAAUUCGAAAAAUCCUCAGUAACCUCUACUAUCCAAGCUGUUGAUGAAGAUCUGGAUGCCUUACAUGAUGAAAAUGCACAUCUUAUAUCUCAAAUCACAGAAUUUACCGAACAGAUGGACCAGAGGAUGGAACUUCUGUGGAAGGUCAAAAAGGUAGACCAACAGAUAGACCGGCCCAACUCCGCUAUAAACUCCAAGAAGGCAAAACUAGACGCAAUGUUUAAGAAGAUGAAGCUGAUUAAAAAUGAUAUCCAAAACAUGAACAAAAUUUUAGAUAACUCCUACAGAACAGACUCGCUAGUCGACCAUGAAAACAAGGAAAAAGAACAGCAAAAGAUCCUUAACGAACAGAAAUUGGUUCUUAAGGACCAUAACAAGGUCAUUAAAGAACAGCUGAAAUUUAUUAAAGAAGCUGAACAAGUGGAGGAUGCCGAUGGUAAAGCCUCCCAAGUUAACUCUACAUUUGAUAAAUUCAAAAACCAGUUAAAAGAGAUGAAGAAAAAGUUCACAGAAGAUGAUAAAAUCCUGAGAAAUCGUCAUGAAGAAGUCCAGAUUAUGAAAGACCGCAGCAGGAAAAUUAAGGAUAUCAUCCAGGAAAAGAAGAAGAUUGAAGCUGAGACAGGAGUUAAACAAGGAGUCUCAGAGGAUGACAUUAGCAUGGUUGAAGGCAAUAUUGAGAAACUCGAAGCUGAAAGAAAGGAUAUCAAUAAACAAUGGAGAAAAAGAAUCCAACUUCAAGAAGACAGAGUUAUACGAAUGAAACAUGAAAGCAACCAGAUGGAGCUAAAACAUAAAGAGAAGGAAAAUGAAUUGAGAAUGAUCACACUUAAGAUUAAGGAACUUAAAAGAACUAUCCAGAGCACUUAUGUGAAUAAGGCUACUGACAAUGGAAGGAUAGGAAGGAAUAAGAGUGCUAGAUCUGCCACAAACACUUCAAAAGAUACCCCAAAGUCUAAAUAAACAGAAUUUCAGACCAAAUUCAUCAAAAAGAGGAGGGCUCCAGGAAGCCAUCAGGCAAGAAUAUAAGGUUGAAGAUGGAGAAUUAAAUGAGCCUUUACCUGAGAAUACAGUAAAAGGCGUAGAUUUCGGUGGUGGAAAUGAUUCUAGCUUCAAUGAUUACCAAACUGACUUUGAUAGAACAAUGGAGCAUACAGAGCCUAAAAAUCAAGUGACUUCUUCAGUUCAAAUUGAAAGACAGACUUCUAAACCGAUUAUAAUGCCUGAAGAAAAAGAAUAUUACUCUAAAAGGGCAAAUAAGUUGAUGACAGAGAGAUUGAAUAUUUCCCAGAACACAGAUAAUCAGAUAGAUAUCCAACAUCAAAGCAACGAUAGAUACUCCAAUCAGAUGUCCAAGCCAAAUUUGGGCCAAAGAAGCAAGCCCAAUCUUGGCAAGAUGAUGACUAAGCCGAUGUUAGGCAAGAAUCAAGCUAAUUAA